GUGAGACAGAAGGAAUCAGCUUGUGUUGGUUCUCCUCUUUUUGAGCAUUGUAGACAGUUAAGUAUUGGCAGUUUGACACCCCUUUUGUUGAUGGGCAUGUCAAUAUGAUUUUGGAAGUUUAGGUGCUGUUAUCCUUUCUGGCAGAACCUUUGCUGCAUUUGUGCAGAAACUGUUUGAGACUUGGCAAAAAGACAACAGCGAAUGUUUCGACCAACUAUGUGUGUCGAAUGCUGGAAGAGUGAGCUUUUCAAAGAGAGAUUGUAUGAUCCUGAAUAAACAGGACGUGACAAGGAAAACAAAUGUCUUCUGCUACUUAAUGAUAAAAGAGAAAAACUGAGGCAAAGCCCAGGAGCUUCCAUGUGAAACAAAUGCAAAGCCAUUUAUUCAACAAAAGAACAUGACUCUCUACACUUGACAGGACAAUAUCAAGCAGUGUGCAGGGUAGAAGGGAUCAGGACCCAUAUGUCAAUGGUCUAGGAUGGCCAGUGAAGGCUCCAAUAUCCCAAGUCCUGUGGUGCGACAGAUUGACAAACAGUUUCUGAUUUGCAGCAUAUGCCUGGAACGUUACAAGAACCCCAAAGUACUUCCCUGUCUGCACACUUUCUGUGAGAGGUGCUUGCAGAAUUACAUUCCAGCCCACAGUUUAACCCUUUCUUGCCCAGUGUGCCGGCAGACCUCCAUUCUGCCAGAGAAAGGGGUUUCUGCACUCCAGAACAACUUCUUUAUCACUAACCUGAUGGAUGUCCUGCAGCGAACGCCAGACAACAGCAUCGAAGAGUCCUCCAUCUUGGAGACUGUCACAGCUGUUGCUGCAGGAAAACCUCUCUCCUGCCCCAACCAUGAUGGAAAUGUGAUGGAAUUUUACUGCCAAUCUUGUGAGACAGCCAUGUGCCGGGAAUGUACAGAGGGAGAACAUGCAGAACACCCCACUGUACCUCUCAAGGAUGUGGUAGAACAACACAAGGCUUCACUACAAGUCCAGCUGGAUGCUGUCAACAAAAGACUUCCAGAGAUAGAUUCUGCACUUCACUUCAUAUCUGAAAUCAUACGUCAGUUAGCCAACCAAAAGGCUAACAUUGUAGAUGACAUUCAUUCCACUUUUGAUGAACUACAGAAGACUUUAAAUGUGCGAAAGAGUGUGUUGCUUAUGGAACUGGAAGUGAAUUAUGGCCUUAAACACAAAGUCCUACAGACACAGCUGGAUACCCUGCUUGAAGGACAAGAGAGUAUUAAGAGUUGCAGCAACUUUACAGCCCAAGCACUCAACCAUGGUACUGAAACUGAAGUUUUACUGGUUAAGAAGCAAAUGAGUGACAAGCUGAAUGAGCUGGCUGACCAGGACUUCCCACUGCAGCCCCGUGAAAAUGACCAGCUAGACUUCAUAGUAGAAACAGAAGGAUUGAAGAAAUCCAUUCACAACCUGGGUACUAUUUUAACCACUAAUGCCGUAGCAUCUGAAACAGUUGCCACAGGUGAGGGGCUGAGGCAAACUGUGAUUGGACAGCCUAUGUCAGUUACCAUAACAACCAAGGACAAAGAUGGGGAGCUCUGUAAAUCUGGGAAUGCUUACCUCACCGCUGAACUGAACACACCUGAUGGGAGUGUGGCGGAUGGAGAAAUACUUGACAAUAAAAACGGCACUUAUGAAUUUUUGUAUACUGUUCAGAAAGAAGGGGACUUUACUCUCUCACUGAGACUUUAUGAUCAGCAUAUCAGGGGCAGUCCAUUUAAACUUAAAGUGAUCAGAUCAGCAGAUGUGUCCCCUACUACUGAAGGAGUUAAGAGGCGUGUUAAGUCUCCUGGCAGUGGCCAUGUGAAGCAGAAAGCUGUGAAAAGACCAGCUAGUAUGUACAGCACUGGCAAAAGAAAAGAGAAUCCUAUUGAAGACGACUUGAUCUUCAGAGUGGGUACAAAAGGAAGAAACAAAGGAGAAUUUACAAAUCUUCAGGGGGUAGCUGCAUCUACAAAUGGAAAAAUAUUAAUUGCAGACAGUAACAACCAGUGUGUACAGAUAUUUUCCAAUGAUGGCCAGUUCAAAAGUCGUUUUGGUAUAAGAGGAAGGUCUCCUGGCCAGUUGCAGAGGCCCACAGGAGUGGCUGUGCAUCCUAGUGGUGACAUCAUUAUUGCAGACUAUGAUAACAAAUGGGUUAGCAUAUUUUCAUCAGAUGGAAAAUUUAAGGCAAAAAUUGGAUCUGGAAAACUUAUGGGACCAAAAGGUGUUUCCGUGGAUCGUAAUGGGCACAUCAUUGUUGUGGACAACAAAGCAUGUUGUGUAUUUAUCUUCCAGCCAAAUGGAAAAAUAGUAACUAGGUUUGGUAGCCGAGGAAAUGGGGACAAGCAGUUUGCAGGUACACUUGACGGUCCCCAUUUUGCAGCUGUAAACAGCAACAAUGAAAUCAUUGUUACAGAUUUCCAUAACCAUUCUGUCAAGGUAUAUAACCAGGAAGGAGAAUUCAUGUUGAAGUUUGGAUCUAAUGGAGAAGGCAAUGGACAGUUUAAUGCUCCAACAGGAGUAGCUGUAGAUUCUAAUGGAAAUAUUAUUGUAGCAGAUUGGGGAAACAGUCGAAUACAGGUUUUUGAUGGAAGUGGAUCUUUUUUAUCCUACAUUAACACAUCUGCUGACCCACUUUAUGGUCCCCAAGGUCUGGCGCUAACUUCAGAUGGCCAUGUUGUAGUUGCAGACUCUGGAAAUCACUGCUUCAAGGUCUAUCGAUACUUACAGUAACAGUGGGCUCUGGAGCUGCCUGGCCCUUAACAAACAACUGGUUUAAUUGAUCUCUCUGUGGGGGAUGUGUACUUUAAUUAUUUUUUAAUGCUGAAGGAGUCUCCAGUGGACUUUUCAUGUUUAUUUCCAAACUUACCUUGUUUACAUAGGACUUGCACUUCUUAUGUUCCUCAUUGAAUUUAUUGUAUGGGUUAAUAAACAAAACCCUCCUUUGCUGAAUUCAUUAGGACAAUGAAAUAUUAAACAUGUGAACUGCAGCUUGUGGAACAGAAAUUUAAGUAGUUGACUAAUUUUUGCAAAUAAAAUAAAAUGAAAAUAUCUAAACUAUUUGAAGGGGUUUAUUUAACCUGUGAAGGGUAGCUCCCAUUCAGAGCUUCCAAAUUUGAAAAGUGUCAUUGUUAUGCGUUAUUUAACCCAACAGUGAAGACUGGGAGUCUUUUAGAUCUCAUUAUCAUGGUAGGUAUUGCACAUGUAACAUUCUUCAGUCUUAGUAACUAUAACAAAUAGGCUCUUUUAGUAAAGAUAUAAGGUUAAGUCAUGCAAAAUCCUUCCAGCUCUAUUUGCCAGACCUAAAACAGCUCAACUUUUAGUGUUAUACCAAUCGACGCAAAUUUCCUACUCCUUGUGAGAUUAAUGAAGGAUUGUUUCAUGUGCUUGUCUCCAACCCCUCCUACUGCUCAGUGUGUUGUAAGCUCUUUCUAGAGACCUAAAAUUUCUACAGCUUUGGAAAAACUGCACUGUAAUGAUACAUUAGUUACCGCUGACUUUCUGUAGAAUGACAGAUCCAUUAACACCAAACAAAGUCAUUAGAAUCAGGAUCAUUAUAAUGUCAUAUCCUCAAGUAUGCAAUUCUUCCAUACAUGUUCUUUGGCAUACUUUCUAAAGGCAACUCCAUAUAUUCAUCAGCGUAUCACACAGGACAGAAAGCCACACAGGUACUCCUUUGGAGGACCUACAUUGUACAACCAAAGCAACUGUGGUUAACAAAUGUUGUAUGGUGACAGCCAAGGGUUAUCAAAGCUAUUUAACUCAAGAAAAGUACAUUACAAAUAAGAGUGAAUUGAACCAAUUUCUGAAGUCCUUAGUCAAUUAGAUGUUUUUCUGAAGACAAAAUAAGGACCGCAGGAUUUGUCCGAUUAUGUAUGUGUGUAUGUUUGUUUGACACAGGAAUAAAGAAAGUAAGUGUCAGUGA